AUGCCAUCAGAUACCACCAAAGAGGAGGAGGAAACUGUGGUGUAUAAAACCCCGUUUCCCCUGACAGGAGAGGAGGUGAGCAACGCCGGCAGGAGGUACCGCUUGCCAGCGAAGAACGACUUUCUUGCAUUUCGAAACUAUGCCGACUCACUCGAAGGGUAUUCACUUCGCUGCAAUCGUCCGAACGAUACGAUUGUGUGGAGUAAAAAGGUGAAGGGAGAAUCGCUGAAUGUCGUUAAGGUUUUCAGCGUGUAUCCGGGUGUUGAUCCGCAAACCAUGUACGACAUGCUGCAGGACGGAUUAUAUCGCGUUGUGUGGGAUACGUAUCGCAUUGAGGCCUUUUGCAUUGUGCAGCUUAGUCCCAAUACCGAUAUAGGCUACUACGCAGCGAAAAGCCCGGCUACAGGAGUCACCAACCGCGACUUUGUGAAUCAACGCGCCUGGCAUAGCGCCGGUAACGGAGAGUUCAUCAUAUUCAACACGUCCGUUCCCCACCGUGACGUUCCCACGAACUACUUGAAAGCAAACAAAAUCAGUAGUGAUUCCGUUGUCCGCGGGUUUUCGAAGAUCACCGGAUAUUUGAUACGGCCAUGGGAAGACAAGGGAACGAAGGGAUGUUGCCUAACGUAUGUAACCCAAUGCGAUGUUGGCGGCUGGAUCCCCACCAUGGUGAUGAACUAUGUUACAACAAAGGCAUCUCCCAAUACGGUGAAGACUGUGCGCGGUGCCGUUGCGGGGUUCACGGAGUGGGUACCGAAGCAAAGUGACUACCAAAGGACAUGGACCUCUGAUCCCGAUCCGUUUGAUGUCCCUUCUCUGGAGAACAUAACAAUUCAGUUUGCAAAGGAGAAAUGGGCCGGAGAGAGCGGCAGCAGUUGA